CAAGCUCUCAUUAUUCUCUUCUCUUAAGAAAGAAAAAGAAAAAACUCUUUUAAGUUUUUCGUCAUCAUCUCCUUCCAUCAUAUAAUCAGCAGCUUCUAAACCUAAUCGAUAAUUCAGGUUUAUUAUCACAAAGGGAAGCAGCUCCAAGUUCCGUCAUAUCAAAUCUACUUGAUCAGAUAUAUAUAUCUUGAAUGAAAUAAAAUCCUAAUUUCUUGGAAACAAUUCAUCAAAACAUGGAGAAGCUUCUUAACCCGUACGAUAAGCAGUGCAUGAAGAUGGCUAUGCUUAAACACGAAGAAACUUUCAAGCAACAGGUAUAUGAACUUCAUAGGUUAUAUCAAGUCCAGAAGAUAUUGAUGAAGAACAUGGAGAUCAAUAAAUUGACUACUACCAAAGGAAAUGAUAAUGUAAAUUCAGGACUAGGAACGUUCAUCAGAAGAGUUGACCGGCCGGCUAAUAAUAAUAUAGAGAUUAUGGAUGAGAGUGAGAUCGAGUUAACUCUUGGACCGUCGUGUUACGGUGAUGAUGGUGAUGAUUCGAUGAGGAUGAACAAGAAGAAGAAAAAGAACUCUUCGCAGGAGAUGAUGAACGGAAAUCUAAAUUCUGGUCGCCGGAGUUUCUCUUCGUCCUCGACAGGAUCAAGCAACAAUAACAACAACCUUGAAGAACAAGUGAGGCAAGAGAGAAUGAUGAAACAUCAGAAGCAGAAGCAGCCAUGGCUUCAAGCAUUGACCUUGAAUGUUAUCUGAUCUCAUAUAAUUUAAAGUAAUAUUAAUUUUAACUAUCUUCUGAAAUAGAUUUGCAUCUCUUUUUAAAGAAAAAUUUAGUAGUUUAAUUUUUAUUUGCUGAUGAGAGUGUUUUAUAAUCACGCCUCUUAUCAGGUGAUUUCCUUUUUAUUUUCAUUUUAAUGCUUA